UCAAGAUGAGGAAGAGAGAGAAGAGGCUAGUACUCCCCCUGCUGGUGGUUCUGUCCAUCUCCAUGUAUCUGAUGGGGACCGGCUCCAGGAAGGACGCCCCGUCGGAAAGUGGACAUCGUGUCAUCGAAGAGUCCAUAGCCCUGUCGACUGAAGACCUUCAGGAAGCCUUCAGGAAGCUCAUUGCGAAUAAAAGACAUUCGAGAGAUAUUCUAUCCCUGCCGACUGAAGACCUUCAGGAAGCCUUCAGGAAGCUCAUUGCGAAUAAAAGACAUUCGAGAGAUAUUCUAUCGACCGAUGAAUUGCUAGAUCCAGAAAUACUGCCUGACACGAUGGCAAACGGCGCAGAAGAGGAAGGUCAAGCAACUGGGGAAGUCCCAAAUCAAGACUUAUCGCUGCCUGAUGACCUGAAUGAGGCCCUGCGAGCUGCAGCAGCAGAAGACGCUUCGCCGUACAUCCAACAGGCGCUCCGGGCAGCACAACCUGAUGACGUUUCGUCGUACAUCCAACAGGCGCUCCAGGCAGCACAACCUGAUGACGUUUCGCCGUACAUCCAACAGGCGCUCCGGGCAGCACAACCUGAUGACGCUUACGUCAUGGAUAAACGCUUCUUACCGGCUAUUGCUGGGCUUGCUGGGAAGCUUAUGUCAAGUGGGAACAAGUUCGAUGUUGCCAAGCUGACGGAUACCAUAAAGAAACUGGGUUCUAUGAAAAACAUGGCUCCAGACAUCAUGGCGAAAAGUGUGGAAAAAGAGGCAGAGGUGGCGGGAGCAGUAGAGAAAAGUGCCAUUCAGUCAGUAAUAGACGGCGUACUUGGAUCAUCUGUAAAGAAAGGAGUUGGUGGAGCUGCACCUGCCCAAGGAGCUGCACCUGCCAAAGGUGCUGCACCUGCCAAAGCACCUGUCCCUAAUGGACCCGGAUUCGCAAAAGAGAUAAAGGCUGAAAUAAGUCUCUCGGAGGACAAGGGCAUGAUACAGGACGACAUGUUUGCUCCACCGGGAAUGCACAUGAAGGUGGACGUUGAACAGGGCGGCAAAAAGAAACCAGAAGCUGACAGCAGUUCUCAGCCUCCCGCGUUUGCCUUCCCCAUCGGAAUGGGCGCUGCUCUGAUGAACGGCUGCUUUGGGAAAGAAUACGGACCCGGAGACCCUUGCUAUAACGUCAAGACUGUCAUACCACGCUGCUAUGCCAUGAUGGAGGGGUGCACCUACAUCGGGGUCGGCUUCGAUGGUCGCGGGGACUACAGCAGCGCGUCGAGAAAGAAGAAUCUCGUGCAGCGGUUCUGUAAGAACAAAAGAAAGUAUCAAGAUGGGGAUGUUCCAGAUACCAUGAACGUUCAGGGCAUCUACGACACGAAAGUUUCCUCCUUCGUCUUCGAGUCAAAAUCAGCCUACCGUCGUUCCCUUCAGAUGAAAGCUGGGAUGUCUUUCUCUGGAUGGGGAUUUCAGGGUGCUAUAGAUGCGGCGUACGGUUCGAAGUCGUCUUCCCAGAGGCAAAUGAUUAUGUCCCUUAUAGAGUGUAAUGUUGUCAGGUAUGAAAUCUUCCUCGAUGAUGUUCGGCCGGAUACCCUGAGCCUAGAUUUUUUGAGAGACUUUCUGGACCUACCUGAGUCUUUUAGAACAGGAAAACAAAAACAAGAAUUGCAGAAAUUCAUCAUCCGCUAUGGAACACAUUACAUCAAGUCAGCAAAGUUCGGCGGAUCCUUCAGGGUGUUUAAGACCCAGGAGGCCUCCAAGACCCAAAGUCUGACGGAGUUUUCCGUCCAGGCACAGGCCUCUUAUAGUGGGAUGUUCUCGGCCGGAGGUUCCUUCGGAAUGAAGGGAUCCAGUGAGAGCGCCCAAUCUUCCAAGACGGCCAGCACUCGCGUGACCGCAGAGGGAGGUCACCAGGAAGUCGCGGCCGUCGUAGCGGAUUUCUACACAACCGGCUUCAAAGACACCUUCAGCCACUGGCUGAAGACCAUCCCUACAUACCCAAAACCUGUCGAGAUGUUCAUGGGCACCAUUACGGAGCUGCUGAACUUGAACUUCAAGCUCAUGUUUCCGUUCGACGUUAAGGAUGUUGCAACGGGCUGCUUUAGCGAAGACCUGAAGACUGAGAACGGCACUGGGAAGAAGUAUUACGAGACUUCCAAGCUAGUGAACAACAGCGACGGAGCCAUACAGACUAUCAAGGAAAAACGGUAUUGUGAGUUUACAGAAGCGGAGAAAUUCCAGAAAGCAAUGGACAGGAAGCGCCUUGCACUGGAAAGGGCAACAGCUUUUUACAUGGAAGAGGGCCCUGUCCCGACCAAUGACUUCAGUCUGGAGGGUGGACCACCCGGAUGCCAAUCUGACGAUUUACUCCUCAAUGGGGUCAAAGCUGGAGUUUCACACCCCCCAUGGCAAGAGCUGAUCGACGGAAACAAAUACAAGAUCAUCUUUGAUCUUCCUCAGGACAUCGGCGAAAACAUCAAAAAGACCGCAGCGGCCUUCCUAGUUUUUGCAAACGAAAGGUGGAACUGUCACUUACCAGGAACCCGAGUUCACGCGUUUAACAGUCAUUUCAACGGAGGGAGUGGUGACACUAAAAACAAAAGGGUCUCCUGUUUCGGCUUUGUGAUGACGUACAGCGAAGUUACUGGCCAGUUUUCUGUGACAGCCGAAAAUCUAGAAGCCUCCAAAAAGACUUUAGGGGAUCUGCCUGGUCUUAAGACAAACACGAUCGUCGCCCGGGCUGAGUAUGUCAGCCUGUUAGAGCAUUCAAGACAGAACAGUGAAGCUUUGGCGAGUAUUGUUCAAGCACCCUGUAGCGUGAAGUGGUCCAACUCCUACCAGAUAGAUCCUACAGUGGAGACGGGACAGUGUCUCUACUUUGUUGGGAUAUCAGUAGGCGACAUUUUCGUGGUGUUCUCUGCCAUUCCGAAGAUCCAGAGAACCUGGUUCCAUCUUCAGAUCGGCCUGAAAGGCGUGGCACUCUAUAAGGGUAUGAAGCUGGUAAAAUAUGAAGGAGCGAAGGCUGCUCGGGGUCUUGGUGCCUCCAACCUGUUCCAGCCGUACUUUAUUUGCAUCGAUGAGGAAAGCACAAGAACCUUCAUCAAGUAUGGAAUCGGAUCUGACACAUCCGAAAAAGGCAAGGCCUACCUGGUCUACAAUGAUUACAAUCCACCAUUAGGCAUCCGGUACUACUCGUUUGGCAGUGGGGAAGCCAACGUAGAGAUCAUGGACGCGCGAGUCAUCGAAGGAAGUGAAGCAGGAUCCAAAGAAUGUAUAGGAGGGACCAAGCUGGAGGACGGCAAAUGUGUGCAAGAUUGCCACCCAGAGUGUGAUGGAUGCAUUCCACAGACACCUGGUUCGAAGCUUGAUACAGAGUGUCGCCGUUGCAAGCACUUCACAAUUGACAUGGGAGAUGGCACAAACCAAUGCGUUCCAGAGGGUGGAUGUCCGAAAUUUCUCAACGUUGACACCGCUAACAAGUCAUGCUCGUGUCCGGCUAACAGUAGACUGAGCUCCGACAGAAAAUCAUGCUGUAACAUUAUUGAAGGAGACAAAUGCAGCACAAAAGCAAAGACGUCGCUAUCCUCGUUUGUCCAUUACGACAAAAAAGUGCUACCAGGCCACAACGAUGAACGGAUAGCAGGCAUAAGCGUGGAAGAGUGCGCCAAACGGUGUUUAGCGGGAACAUCUCUUGUUCCUGCUGGAUCCUGUCUGUCGUUUGAUUAUGACACCAAAUACAUUCCUGGUGCCUGUGUACUGAGUAAGGCCAGUAAGGACACACCUGGAGCAACAUUGAGUGAUAGCAACCCGACAGAGCGAUUUGACUACUACCACAGAAGAGAUUGCAAGGAGGGAAACGGAGCAUCGUACCGAGGACACAAGGCUGUGACCAAGUCAGGCAAGACGUGCCAACGCUGGGACAGUCAGACUCCGCACAAACACACUAAAACGACUGCCAAAUAUCCGAGUUCUGGACUGGAGGAAAACUUUUGCCGGAAUCCAUCCUCCAGUAGUGGUCCUUGGUGCUACACCACUGACCCCAAAGAACGGUGGGAAUUAUGCGACAUUCCAGAUUGUUGAGCCAUAAUUAUCGUAUUAACGUUAACGAAACAUUGCGAUUUUAUAUUUUAUGAAAAGAGAAAUCUUUGGACGACAUCCACACGAAACUCCCAGUAGUUACCGGGAUAUGCCCCCGGUACAAGAGAAUACACCCCAUCUCAAUCAGCACACUUAAGAAAGUCUAACUUUAAGGUGAUAACAAUUUUAAACUGCUGGAAGACUUCUGCCAUGCAAACUUGAGCAGAAGUGCUGAAGGAAACCAGACAACCUUGAAAAAGCCAUAGCCUCCGACAUCAUUUUUUUAGCUAAAAGUUUUUACAACGAUAAUUUGCUAGCGCUGUCAAUUAUAUUUACCAUAAGUACGAUAUUAAGUACUUCGUAAUAAGCGAAAUAAUAAAUUGCUGGUGUACUGAACUAGAUUAUUUACGAUGCUAUCAUGCUACGGUGCAAUGUUGGUGUAUUUACGUAUGUUAUGCCGUUUAAUAAGUGAACGGUUUUAUCAAGCACUGUUGCUAAUAUUGUUUAGGGCAUAAUGCCACAAGUGUAGCAUUAUUACACAUGUAAGUUAACUGUUGUUUUAUAAGUGACAUUUUUGUUUACUUUUCUUACGUUCAUUUAUAUAAUUUGGUUUAGUUGAGGAACACUGUUGUAUGGUUAUUGAAAAUUCAGUGUUGAUGUUUUUGUAUAAGAUUCUUUUUGUACUAUGCUAAGUAUGGUGUAGGAAAUAGAUUGUCAAACUACUUUAAAACUAUGAAACAACAGUAUUUAAGAGAACAAAAAGUAUGUCUACUACAUCUAACUUUACAUAUCAAAAAUUACUUCAUUUGUCAUUAAAGUAGCAAUACUGCUGUGUAGAAUUUUUAUUGAUUUUAUUGUGAUUUUUAUCAUUGGAAAUCAUUUUAAAACUUAACGAUAGCUUGCUAUUUGAUACGUUAAAGAUAUGCCUGCUUUAUUUGGUGUUCAGUUUACGGUGGGACAGUAACGUUAGAAUGCUGGUCUGUUUUCUGUCACGAUGUCAUUUAACAGAAUAAAUUUAUGGUUGUUGGUCCAUCA